GAGAGGGGCGGGGCCCAAAGAAGGCGGGUCUUCCGGCCGACUCCACCGCUGUUGCUAGGGGAAACAGCCGCAGGGCGGCGGAAGGAGCUGAGGACCUGCAGCAGUUGGCGAGGCGGGAGCGCGGAAACGAUGGCUGUCAUGGCGGCCUCGGGGCCCGGGUGUCGUACCUGGUGCUUGUGUCCCGAGGUGCCAUCCGCCACCUUCUUCACUGCGCUGCUCUCGCUGCUGGUGUCCGGGCCCCGCCUGUUCCUGCUGCAGCCGCCCCUGGCGCCCUCGGGCCUCUCACUGAAGUCGGAGGCCCUGCGCAACUGGCAAGUUUACAGGCUAGUGACCUACAUCUUUGUCUACGAGAAUCCGAUCUCCCUGCUCUGUGGUGCCAUCAUCAUCUGGCGCUUCGCUGGCAAUUUUGAAAGAACUGUGGGCACCGUCCGCCACUGCUUCUUCACCUUGAUCUUCGCCAUCUGCUCUGCUAUCAUCUUCCUGUCGUUUGAGGCUGUGUCAUCACUGUCAAAGCUCGGGGAGGUGGAGGAUGCCAGAGGUUUCACCCCGGUGGCUUUUGCCAUGCUGGGAGUCACGUCUGUCCGCUCCCGGAUGAGGAGGGCUCUGGUGUUUGGUGUGGUUGUGCCCUCAGUCCUGGUGCCAUGGCUCCUGCUGGGCGCCUCUUGGCUCAUUCCGCAGACCUCUUUCCUCAGUAACGUCUGUGGACUUUCAAUUGGGCUAGCAUAUGGCCUCACAUACUGCUAUUCCCUCGACCUCUCAGAGCGAGUAGCACUGAAACUUGAUCAGAAGUUCCCCUUCAGCCUCAUGAGAAGGAUAUCCAUGUUCAAGUACGUCUCGGGGUCUUCCGCCGAAAGAAGGGCAGCCCAGAGCCGGAAGCUGAACCCUGUGCCCGGCUCCUAUCCCACACAGAGCUGCCACCCUCACCUGUCCUCCAGCCACCCCAUCACGCAGAUGCAGCAUGCCAGUGGUCAGAAACUAGCUUCUUGGCCCACUUGCACUCCUGGGCACAUGCCCAACCUGCCCCCCUACCAGCCUGCCUCCGGCCUGUGUUACGUGCAGAACCAUUUUGGUCCCAACCCCAACUCCUCCAGUGUUUACCCAGCUUCUGCGGUAACCUCCCUGGGAGUCCAGCCCCCUGCCCCUGUCAGCUGCCCUGGCACAGUGUAUUCCGGGGCCCUGGGCACUCCUGGGGCUGCAGGCUCCAAGGAGUCUUCAAGGGUCCCCAUCCCCUGAGAGAAUUUCUGGGGAAGUUAUCUCCUAUCUUGGUUUUCUGAAGAAGGUCUUCUGUGAGCUAAGAUUUUCCUGACAAAUUAUUUAUUGAACACCUCUAUGUGCCAGGCUCCGUGUUGAGUACUUUGAUAAAUGUCCCUAUUUCAGUCUCAUUUGUGCUCAUGGCAGCUUUGUGAAGUACCAUUUACUGUUGCCAGUUUACAGAUGCAUAAGGUGAGACAGUCUGUGCCUGCAUCGAGUCACGUGGCUCUUGGAGCAGCACUGCCGGGCUUCGUGGCCCCAGGUCCCAGCCUCCUCCCAGAAAACACACGGGAGAAAAGGGCAGUGGCUGUCAGUGGCUAUUUUCAGCUCCACUAUCCUUCCUGCCCUCGUGUGCUGUUCUCUUGGUUAUAGUGUCCCUGUGUCCGUGUCUCUGCCCUUCAGGAACUCCCAGCUGGUGUGUGCUUGGCAGUCCCCAGGCCUUUGUAGCGUAUCUCCCCUCCGCAGUCCCCCUACCCAGACUCUUCUGUCCCAGAAGUGGAGAGACAGUCCCACGUGAGCCACAGCAGCAUGCUGGUGGGUCCACGGUGUUGAUUACCUUUGUAUAAAGAAAUAGCCUCUGA